AAUUCACAGACACAAAACUGAGCCAGAGUGAGUUAUCUCUCUCUAGCAAAAACUUGAAAAAGAAAACGAGUUUCAGAAACAUUCUUUACUUUUGUUGGUGAAAUCAAAACCAUGGGAGAGUGGUGGCGUUUUUUAUUACAUGCACUAAUCUUAACCGUGUCUCUUUGCACGGUCCAUGGUGCCAAUGUUACCUACGACAGAACCUCGUUAGUCAUUAACGGCCAUCAUAAAAUCCUCUUCUCUGGUUCAAUUCAUUAUCCUCGUAGCACUCCUCAGAUGUGGCCUGACUUAAUUUCCAAAGCCAAAGAAGGAGGAUUAGAUGUCAUACAAACUUACGUGUUUUGGAAUCUUCACGAACCUCAACAAGGCCAGUAUGAGUUUAAUGGAAGGUUUGAUUUAGUGGGAUUCAUUAAAGAAAUUCAAGCACAAGGUUUAUAUGUGACCCUUCGAAUUGGACCAUAUAUUGAGAGUGAAUGCACUUAUGGGGGUCUACCAUUAUGGUUACAUGAUGUUCCUGGAAUUGUAUUUAGAACUGAUAAUGAUCAAUUUAAGUUUCACAUGCAAAGAUUCACUACCAAAAUAGUCAACAUGAUGAAAUCAGCCAAUCUUUUUGCUUCACAAGGAGGACCUAUCAUACUAUCCCAGAUUGAGAAUGAAUAUGGCAGCAUUCAAAGUAAGUUUCGAGCGAAUGGGUUGCCUUAUAUUCAUUGGGCUGCCCAAAUGGCCGUGGGACUUCAAACCGGUGUGCCUUGGAUGAUGUGUAAACAAGAUGAUGCUCCUGAUCCAGUGAUCAACGCAUGCAAUGGCAUGCAAUGUGGGAGAAACUUUAAGGGGCCAAACUCACCUAACAAGCCUUCACUAUGGACAGAGAAUUGGACUAGUUUUUUACAAGCUUUUGGUGGAGCACCAUACAUGAGAUCAGCUUCAGACAUUGCCUAUAAUGUUGCCUUGUUCAUAGCAAAGAAAGGAAGUUAUGUCAAUUAUUACAUGUACCAUGGAGGAACCAAUUUUGAUAGAUUGGCCUCUGCUUUCAUAAUAACAGCUUAUUAUGAUGAGGCUCCACUGGAUGAAUAUGGUUUAGUUAGACAACCAAAAUGGGGACAUCUUAAGGAGCUACAUGCUUCAAUCAAGUCAUGUUCACAACCUCUACUUGAUGGAACUCAAACCACCUUCAGCUUAGGCUCAGAGCAACAAGCUUAUGUUUUCAGAAGUUCCACAGAAUGUGCUGCUUUCUUGGAAAAUAGUGGACCUAGGGAUGUGACAAUCCAAUUUCAAAAUAUUUCGUAUGAAUUGCCUGGGAAAUCAAUCAGUAUCCUACCAGGCUGCAAGAAUGUAGUCUUCAACACCGGCAAGGUGAGUAUACAGAAUAAUGUCAGAGCAAUGAAACCACGAUUACAGUUCAAUUCAGCUGAAAAUUGGAAAGUGUAUACAGAAGCCAUCCCUAAUUUUGCUCAUACUUCGAAAAGAGCAGAUACAUUAUUAGAUCAAAUCAGUACAGCAAAAGAUACAUCUGACUAUAUGUGGUACACUUUCAGGUUUAAUAACAAAUCUCCUAAUGCAAAAUCUGUUCUUAGUAUAUACAGUCAAGGAGAUGUUUUGCAUUCUUUCAUCAAUGGAGUUUUAACAGGUUCUGCACAUGGAAGUCGCAACAAUACGCAAGUUACAAUGAAGAAAAAUGUCAAUCUAAUAAACGGGAUGAACAACAUCUCCAUACUUAGUGCAACAGUGGGAUUGCCGAACUCGGGAGCAUUUCUAGAGAGCAGAGUUGCUGGUUUGCGUAAAGUGGAAGUCCAAGGAAGAGAUUUCAGUAGUUACUCAUGGGGAUAUCAGGUUGGGUUGUUGGGAGAAAAAUUACAAAUCUUUACAGUCAGUGGAUCAAGUAAAGUUCAGUGGAAAAGUUUUCAAAGCUCCACUAAACCACUCACAUGGUAUCAGACCACAUUCCAUGCACCAGCUGGCAACGAUCCUGUAGUGGUUAACCUUGGUUCUAUGGGAAAGGGACUUGCUUGGGUUAAUGGCCAAGGUAUUGGUCGAUAUUGGGUAUCUUUCCACAAACCAGAUGGAACUCCUUCACAACAAUGGUAUCACAUACCACGUUCCUUCCUAAAAUCUACAGGGAACCUACUUGUUAUACUUGAAGAAGAAACUGGAAACCCCUUAGGAAUCACUCUAGACACAGUAUACAUCAAGAAUUGACAUACUCUCCAUUUAAAAGAUCGUAUAUCAUGAGUAAACAUUAAACAAGAGUGCCCUGUGUUCAGUCAUACGAAUAAAAAUGUAUCAUAGAAUUGAUAUAUCAUUAUUUGUAGCAAAAGGAUUUAUCUUACAAGCAAAGAGCCACCGGUAUAGCUAAAGGAAAGAUAUAUGUUUGCAUAGUCUUUUUUUUUUUUUUUUUUAAAGGAUGUUUGCAUAGUCUUUGUUCUUAGUUGUGAGGAAUCUUCAAUGUCCUUUUUUUUCCCAAAAGGAAUCUUCAAUAUCCUUAUUAGCUGCUUAUGUGAAUUGGUACUUGUCAUCCUUAAACUGCUAAAAGAAAUUAAUUAUGCAACAUACUAAAGAGAACA